AUGUUCUCGAAAAAUUGUUUUCCUGGAUACGAUAUCAAAAGUGGGCUUUUUCCUAAUAUGUAUAUCGCCGCACUUCUGGAUGAACCUUCCAAUGUCGAUAAAUUAGAAUUGGAAAAAUUUCAUGCUAAUGAAGCUUGCUUCAACAAUUUUGCUUCCGAAAAACUUCAUACCAAUGAGGCUGCUGCUUCAUUUGAUGAUGAAACCGCUUCGACCUUAUUAAUCAACUGA